AUGGCUGCUGAACCGGCAUAUUUUGUAGCAUCUGAUAGUGAAACAAGUGGGGAGGAAAAGUCCUCGUUUCCGAUCAAGGAUGUUGCCAUUGGCAUAGACCUUGGUACUUCUCAAUGUAGUGUUGCUUUCUGGAAUGGUUCUCAGUUGGAGCUCAUAAGAAAUACCAGGAAUCAGAAGCUAUUGAGAUCAUUUGUAACCUUCAAAAACGAGACUCCCUCAGGUGGAGUGAGUAAUCAAUUGGCUCAUGAAUAUGAAAUGCUGACAGGCGCCACAAUUUUCAACAUGAAACGUUUAGUUGGCCGGUUGGACACUGAUCCAGUUGUUCAUGCCAGUAAAAACCUUCCGUUUCUGGUUCAGUCCCUAAACAUUGGGGUUAGGCCGUUUAUUGCAGCAUUGGUGAAUAACAUGUGGAGGUCCACUACCCCGGAAGAAGUUCUUGCGAUUUUCUUGGUUGAAUUAAGGGCCUUGGCGGAAGUGCAUCUCAAACGUCCUGUUACAAAUGUUGUUCUCACAAUUCCAGUUUCAUUCAGUCGAUUUCAACUCAGCCGGAUUGAGCGGGCUUGUGCAAUGGCUGGGCUCCAUGUUCUUAGAUUGAUGCCCGAACCCACUGCUGUUGCUCUUCUUUACGCACAACAGCAGCAACAAAUUUCACAAGAGAGUACAGGAGGUGGUAAUGAAAAGAAUGCCCUUAUAUUCAACAUGGGUGCAGGUUAUUGCGAUGUAGCUGUAACUGCCACUGCAGGGGGAGUUUCACAGAUCAAGGCAUUAGCAGGAGCUACCAUUGGUGGAGAGGAUAUUCUUCAAAACAUGAUGCAUCACCUAGUGCCUGACAUGGACAAUCUCUUUUCAAGCCAUGGAAUUGAAGAAAUCAGGACAUUUGGGCUGCUUCGAGUUGCCACCCAGGAUGCGAUUCACAAGCUUUCCUUCCAGGAAAGUGUUCAAAUAGAUGUCGACCUGGGCAAUGGGACAAAAAUAUGCAAGAUUUUAGACAGGAAUGAGUUUGAGUUGGUGAAUCUGAAAGUAUUUGAAAAAUGUGAGUCCCUCGUUUGGAGGUGCCUGCAUGAUGCAAAAGUGGAGUUAGAAGAUUUAGAUGAUGUCAUUCUCGUUGGUGGUUGCUCAUAUAUUCCAAAGAUAAGGAGCAUAGUGACAAGUAUCUGCAAGAAGGAUAUAUAUCCAGGAAUGAACCCAAUGGAGGCUGCAGUCCGUGGAGCGGCACUAGAAGGAGCAGUUGCUUCUGGAAUAAAUGAUCCUUCUGGGAGUUUAGACCUGCUAACCAUCCAAGCAACUCCUCUGAGCAUUGGUAUUCGAGCUGAUGGGAUUAGUUUUAUUCCCGUUGUCCAUCAGAACACUGCAAUUCCAACAAGGCGGGAAGUGUUCUUCACAACUGUUCAUGAUAACCAAACCGAGGCAUUGAUCAUUGUCUAUGAGGGUGAUGAAAAAGUGGCCGAGAUGAACCAUCUUCUUGGAUAUUUCAAGAUCACUGGGAUACCUCCUGCUCCAAAGGGUGUUCCUGAGAUAACUGUUUGUAUGGAUAUCGAUGCUUCAAAUGUUCUGAGAGUUUUUGCUGGUAUAGUCAUGCCAGGGGCGCAGCAACCUGCUGGUCCUUUCAUGGAAGUUAGGAUGCCGACUGUUGACGAUGGCCAUGGCUGGUGUGCUGAAGCUCUGGAGAAGAAUUAUGGAACUAGCAAAGAUCUAGUGACACUACAGAGAAAAAUACAGCAGUGA